GAGCCACCCAGGCGCCCCUAGGGGGAUGUACCUUUGAUCAGUACCCUAGAGUGGCAAGAUUGAGCCUUCAGAGGCAGUCUGACCAUUGAAGGGGGUGCUGACCUACCAGAUGCUAAUCUGGCUCCCGAAUGCCAUACCCUUUCUUUGGUGUUCCCGUCAGACACUCUGUCUUGCCUAGAAAAUGUUAGGCUGGUUCCUUCUCUCCAUCCCUUGUGGAGCAAGUGCUUGGUGGUCAUGGGGAUAGGGUGCUGACCUCCCCAGGUUGGGCCCUGCUAUCUAGUGGGGUAGAAAGGCAACUGUAGGAAUCUUUCCCCCCAUCCUCCUCUGUCCCCGCCGGCAGCACAGGUUCUAAACAGCCCGAGGCCAGAGGGGACCUUGCUUCCUGGGUCUGGUUCCGUGGUCUAUGCCAGAUUUUGUGUGGCAGGAGUUUUGUAUGAUAGUGGAGAAGAGGGGGCAGGGGUGGGAGUAGGGGCAGCUUGUACCUUCAGGAUGGGAUGUGAGAAAGAGCCAGACUUAGAUGCCUUGUGUGUGCUUCAAGGGCCAGAAAAGGUGGCUGGGGGUGGCAUUCUCAGUCUUGGAAAGCUGGCCCUGGAUGAGAUAAGCCGCACGUGGAGGCCUGAGACUACCCAGAUGGGGGUGGGCAGGGAGGAAGGCCCUCAGCCAGGCCCAGGAGGUGUUGCCUGGGAAAUCCCGUGACCGGCGGGGUUGGUCCCUGGGCCGCAGCCCCUCCCCUUAAAGGGGCCCUGGGCGGGGUGGCUGCGCCGCCCGGCGGGAGGAAGGAGCCGUCUGUCUGCCGUUGUCCAGUGUCCGCCCUCUGUCCUCGCCCCCGGCGGCCUCAGUGGCUGGACCGGAGUCCCCGCCCGCGGAGGCUUCCUCUCCCGAGCGGCACCUCCCUGAGAGUCGGUCCCUGAAGUCCCGCCGGACGGGACCACCUGCGGAACUGCCACCUCUACCCUGUGCCUUCAUCUCGUCAGUGGGAGUGAACCUCCUUCCUCCAGAGUGUGAGUUUGGAAACAGAGCCCCGACCUCUAACUUGCGCCCUGUGAGCCAGCGGGACCCAACCAAGCUGGGAAGAGGCCCACCAGCCACCAGGCGGCCAGCCAGAGGAGUGGUGACAGCACAGAAGCUCCUGGCUGGGGGGAAGGGAGGAAGGAGGAGAAACAAAGGCGAGUGUGCCUGGCGCCGCCCACCAUGUGUCAGUCAGAGGCACGGCGAGGACCUGAGCUCCGAGCAGCAGCGAAAUGGUGAGAUGCUGCCGGCCCCGUCCUAACCCCUCUGUGCCCCGCCACAACCUCCGGAAGGUCAGAGUUCAUGUCCAGCGGCCCCGUGGUGGAGGUGGCAGCCGGGGGCCAGGGGAUCAGCCCCCGAGGCUGGAGGGGCCCGGCCCGGGGGGCCUGAGUCGGAGAGCCCGCUUCAGGUUGCACUUCCCCCAGCUGGCUCUGAGGCGGAGGCUGGGACAGCUGAGCUGUAUGUCCAGACCUGCCCUGAAACUGCGCUCCUGGCCCCUGACGGUCCUCUACUACCUCCUGCCCUUCGGUGCCCUCAGACCGCUCAGCCGGGUGGGAUGGAGGCCCGUGAGCAGGGUGGCCCUGUACAAGUCGGUGCCCACGCGCCUGCUGUCGCGGGCCUGGGGCCGCCUCAACCAGGUGGAGCUGCCGCACUGGCUGCGCCGGCCUGUCUAUAGCCUGUACAUCUGGACCUUUGGGGUGAACAUGAAGGAGGCCGCCGUGGAGGACCUGCACCACUACCGCAACCUUAGCGAGUUCUUCCGGCGCAAGCUGAAGCCGCAGGCCCGGCCUGUCUGUGGCUUGCACAGCGUGAUCAGCCCCUCAGAUGGGAAGAUCCUGAACUUCGGGCAGGUGAAGAACUGCGAGGUGGAGCAGGUGAAGGGGGUCACCUACUCGCUGGAGUCGUUCCUGGGUCCACGUACUUCCACAGAUGAUCUGUCCUUUCCACCAGCGCCCCCCUGCGGCUCCUUCAGGAACCAGCUGGUCACUAGAGAAGGGAAUGAGCUCUACCACUGUGUCAUCUACCUGGCCCCCGGGGACUACCACUGCUUCCACUCCCCCACUGACUGGACCGUUUCCCACCGGCGCCAUUUCCCAGGUUCCCUGAUGUCUGUGAACCCUGGUAUGGCCCGCUGGAUCAAAGAGCUCUUCUGCCACAACGAGCGGGUGGUCCUCACUGGGGACUGGAAACACGGCUUCUUCUCGCUGACGGCUGUGGGGGCUACCAACGUGGGCUCCAUACGCAUCUACUUUGACAGGGACCUGCACACGAACAGCCCACGCUACAGCAAGGGCUCCUACAAUGACUUCAGCUUCGUGACACACACCAACAAGGAGGGCAUCCCUAUGCGCAAGGGCGAGCACCUGGGCGAGUUCAACCUGGGCUCCACCAUUGUGCUCAUCUUUGAGGCCCCCAAGGACUUCAACUUUAAGCUGAAAGCGGGACAGAAGAUCCGGUUCGGAGAGGCUCUGGGCUCCCUCUAGAGCCUUCUUCCUGACGUCGGCUGCUGAAGGAGCUUUCUCAACAGAAAUGGGAAGGUCUUUUUGGGGAGCCUCCAUGGCUGUAUAGGGAGGGGACAGUCUCAGGGCUAUGGGGCCCGACCAGGCAGGACCUGGGUGACUAGUUCCUACCGUCCUGAGGUGUGGGUGAGGUCAGAGCCCUUAUUGGCCCUGGACCUAUAUUGUCCCUCUUCCCAUCUAAAGAGAACAUGCAGGUCAAGAUGAUCUCAGAUUACCUUUUGGAGACUCUUUUUAACCUAUUGUAUAAACUGGAGACCCUGCGUCUCCUGGCUGGGUGUUCAGUUGGUCUUGAUUUUUGUUGUAAGACGGAAGUGGUUCUAUCUGUUCUUGCUGCUCUCAUCAUUGCUUUUCAGCCUCCCCCCUGCCUCCCCUGCACUGACCAGGCUGUGCUGCCCCCAGAGCAGCGCCAUGUGGCCUUUAACACAACCGCUUUCUGUUCCCAAUUCACCCCCCACUUGUUUCGGAAGAGCUUUCUCCUUGCAUUUGUGGCUGUGAACACAUCAUCUUUGACUCCGCCAGCAUCUUCUGAGGGGGAUCGAGGGGGGUGGCGCUCUACACGCCCCAGUGAGUGACCUUCCAGAGCUGGCGAGACAUCGUUCUAGUAGGCAAGACCAGUUGUUGAACCCCCACCCCCCCAAAUGGGUCCAGAGUGAAUGGACAGGCAGGUAGUGGUGGCCUGGUGUGGGGGGGACGCCCCCCCCAUAUCCAGACCCACAGAAACAUGGUAAGUUGCUGCUAUUGAUUCAGGAGCUUGUGUUGGCAGCAGAAGAGCCUUGGUGUAUUGGCGGGGGGAGGGGGGGUGUCAGUGCCUAUAACACCUGUCCCCAGGUAACAGGUACAUAGUCCUUAGGGAGCCACUGACGGGGGGGCGGGCCAGGGUUCAGGUUUCCCGGGGACGCUGUGAAUUUCUCCUGCAGGAGAAGCCAUUUGAACUCUUUCAACUGUAUCAGUAGCACAGUAUUUUUGUAUGAAAAGUGGGAGACUUCUGAACAGUAAUUCAUUUAAUUGCAACCUUUUGAAAUAAAAAAACUCAUUGCA